UACGCCAUCUGUGGUCCCUGUCGAGUGCGGAUGACUCAGGAAGGCGGGUCGUAAAGGUGUCGCGAACGGACACUCAAUGGCGUGCGCACGAGUUUCAAGCAUGACGGCGCAAAACAUACCGGUCAAAUUCACUAGCGCGACGGACAUUGCCCUCAUAAUGAGAUACAUCCAUUGCUGGCCACCACUCGCGGCGCUUACCUGACACGAGUUUGUUCAACGUUUUCUGGACAAGUCUCGUUGCAUGGCAAGAUAUCGGAAGCCCUUCGCGGUCUCUAUGAAACAUGUGUGGGCCGCAUAAGAGGACGACUGCACCGCAAGCAGUUCAGACAGCGUACCCCCUCGUCCAAGCUCUAGCAUCCUCGCAGUCCACAAUGAAUACUGCAGUGUGCAAUUGGGAAAACUGCGGCCUAUUCCUCGACGAUGAGACCGCCGGCGGUUGUACUCGCCAUCUCAAACAAGUUCACGUGCAUGACUGGGACAAUGCGGCCACUAUAGACUGCAGAUGGACGCAGCCCCCCCAGCUUCAAGCUGGCAUCGUACCGCCGCAGAUCUACUGCAACAGGCGGAUCAAGUGCGUUAACUUGGGGAAACAUAUCGCCGCUGUGCACCUCCGAUCGCUGAGAGUUGCUUGCUCGAUAUGCGGCCAAGGGUUCUCGAGAAGCGAUGCAUUCAGAAGACACCAGCGGCAGAAUUGUCCCGGCCCCAACCAGGACAUGCAGGCCGGCGGAGCCGUUUUCUAGGAGCUCUCUCAUGCACUAUUAGACAUACAGCUGUUAGCUGGCUGGCUAGCUAUUUGUCAUGCUCAUAUUCAGCCUGCCUUGAGCUUGUGAUAUAGUCUCCCGAGUAGCUCCGUCUCAGUAUUUCGCU